AUGGAUAAAAAAAACAAAAGCAAGGGUAAAAAUAAGUCAUCAAAAUAGUAACCUCAACAAGAAGAAACAAAAACUCAGACUUCUUAAACUUCUGGUUCUAUAUUUGAAAAAAAUGGAAAGAUUUUCAUUGUAAUAAACGCUAAACCUGGAAGUAAAAGUGAUGAAAUAUACGCUGUAGAAGAUGAUUAUAUUGGAGUAUCAGUCUAAGCACCACCAUUAGAUGGUUAAGCGAAUGAGGGAAUAAAAGAAUUCGUAGCUUAAGUUUUAGGCCUAAAGAAGAGAGAUAUAAGUCUAGUGAAAGGCAGCAAAAGUAGUGAUAAAGUAUUAUGUAUUGAUGAGGUAAAAAACUUCACAAUAGACAGUGUAAAAUAGCUUUUAAAAUCAGCACUUUAAUGA